UCGAAAGCGACCAAAUCUCGCAGCAACGAAUUCCCAUUCCCCCCACCUCCACCCCACUUUCCCUUCCGCCCCCUUCCUCGGCGCGAUCCAAAUCCGGCGAUGGACGGCGGGGCGCAGCCGCCGGACACGGAGAUGACGGACGCCGGCGCGGGCGGCGGCGGCGGGCAGCCGCCGCAGCAGCCGGCGGGCGGAGGAGGCGGGAUGAUGGAUAACAUCCAGGCGACGCUGAGCCACGGCGGGCGCUUCAUCCAGUACAACAUCUUCGGCAACGUGUUCGAGGUCACCGUCAAGUACAAGCCCCCCAUCCUCCCCAUCGGCAAGGGCGCCUACGGCAUCGUCUGCUCGGCGCUCAACUCCGAGACGGGGGAGCAGGUGGCGAUCAAGAAGAUCGCCAACGCCUUCGACAACAAGAUCGACGCCAAGCGCACGCUCCGCGAGAUCAAGCUGCUCCGCCACAUGGACCACGAGAAUAUUGUUGCAAUAAGGGAUAUCAUACCUCCUCCACAGAGGGAGGCAUUCAAUGAUGUUUAUAUUGCUUAUGAAUUGAUGGAUACUGAUCUGCAUCAAAUUAUUCGUUCAAAUCAAGCUUUAUCAGAGGAGCACUGCCAGUAUUUUCUUUAUCAAAUUCUUCGUGGUUUGAAGUAUAUACAUUCAGCAAAUGUCCUUCACCGUGACUUGAAGCCUAGCAAUCUUCUUUUGAAUGCAAACUGUGACCUCAAGAUUUGUGAUUUUGGGCUUGCUCGCACCACCUCAGAAACUGAUUUUAUGACUGAAUAUGUUGUCACAAGAUGGUAUAGAGCACCAGAGCUUUUGUUGAAUUCCUCUGAAUAUACUACAGCCAUUGAUGUGUGGUCUGUGGGCUGUAUAUUUAUGGAACUGAUGGACCGGAAGCCCUUGUUUCCCGGAAGGGAUCAUGUCCAUCAGCUACGGUUACUAAUGGAGCUCAUCGGGACACCAAAUGAGUCCGAUCUUGACUUUGUAAAUGAAAAUGCAAGAAGAUAUAUCCGCCAACUUCCCCGUCAUGCUAGGCAAUCAUUUCCUGAAAAAUUUCCGCAUGUUCAACCUUUAGCAAUUGACCUGGUGGAAAAGAUGCUGACUUUUGAUCCUAGACAGAGAAUUACAGUUGAAGGCGCACUAGCACACCCUUACUUGGCUUCACUUCAUGACAUAAGUGAUGAGCCUGUCUGCUCAAUGCCUUUCAGCUUCGACUUUGAGCAGCAUGCAUUGUCCGAAGAACAAAUGAAGGAUCUGAUCUACCAGGAGGCUCUUGCAUUCAACCCUGAUUACCAGUAGCUGGAGACUUAAAUUUCAGUCACCGAUUCGCUUCAUUGACAUGGAAAUUUUUUACCCGUCCUGGUGUCACCACAGAAAUACCACCGCCAGUUGCUAGCUGUAAAUAAUUGCCUCACCUGAAGAUCCUAUUUGAUUAAAGCUGGAGGUGGUGUCGUUCAAGGGUAGAAAAGGGCGAGCUUGUGGAGGUCAAAUUUCUGCGUAGCUAUGGAUUCUUGUGCUUACAAUAUGUUGUUUUAUCAGACUUCCCUUUCUUUUUCUUCUUAAAACGUUUCGAUGUUGUCUGUAAGAAGAGGUAGUUCAUGAACGAUGGCUGCCUGAAUUCAAUGGCUGUCGUCAAAGUUUCCGUUUCAGGUCGAUUUAAGAAUUCUUGUACAUCUA